UAAUACAACCAGAUAAUGUCAAAACAGAAAAAAAGAAGAGAGGCUGGGAAAAUUCGGGCAAGAAAUGGAGCGGAUUCAUUGAACCUGGACGCCCCAUUGAUCGCCUUUAAGAGCACCAGCAGACGGACCCCAAAUCGCACCACUCCAGAAAACCCAGAGCCAUUUCGGGCCACAAUGGGGAUUCUGAAAACGUUCAAGCAAGACGACGGAUCCGAUCUCGCCAUCAGGCGGAGGAACGAGGAGCUCGAGAAGGAGCUUCAGGCGAGCCGCGAAAGAGAGCAGGUGAUGCGGCAGCAGCUACAAAGAGCCUGCGAGAGGCUCAAGGUCGCCGAGGAGGCCGAAGAGAGGCUGUCCUCUCAACUCGGAGAACUCGAGGCGGAGGCGCUCACGCAGGCCCGCGAUUACCACCACCAAAUCGCGGCGUUGAUGAACCAGCUCUCGCAGGCUCAGAAACUGCUGCAGAUCCGACUGCAACAACCGCAACUCCAAUCUGCCUCUGUCUAGAUUUGCGUCUUCGAAGCAGUGAUUGAUUUUGAUCAUCGAGAUAUAUAUAUAUAUAUAUAUAUUUUUGGCUUGAUGUUUUAUUGAAGCGCCAAUUUUAGUAGAGAUAUGUAUGUGGUUUGAUCCGCUGCUUGGCUUGUAAAUCCAGAAAUUUCUGUUCUUCCUCCUUGAAUAAGAAUUGGUCAUUUUUAAAUUUGGAUGAA